CAGCUGGGGCACCCCGAUGGCCAGGAUGUUCACCCAGAGCAUCCACCCCCUGAAACCCGAGGCCCUGCGCCUGCCGCCUGGGAUUCCUGAGUCCCCAAGCUGCCAGCGGCGCCACACGCUCCCUGCCAGCGAGUUUCGCUGCCUCACUGUGGAGGAUGCCGUAAGCGCGUUUGAGAUCGAGCGUGAAGCCUUCGUCUCUGUCUCGGGCCUCUGCCCCCUAUACCUGGACGAGAUCCGGCACUUCCUGGCCCUGUGUCCCGAGCUAUCCCUGGGCUGGUUUGAGGAGGGCCGCCUUGUGGCCUUCAUCAUCGGCUCACUCUGGGACCAGGAGAGACUCACUCAGGAGUCGCUGACACUGCACAGGCCUGGGGGGCACACGGCCCACCUGCACGUGCUGGCCGUGCACCGCACCUUCCGGCAGCAGGGCAGGGGCUCCGUCCUGCUGUGGCGCUACCUGCACCAUUUGGGUGGCCAGCCGGCUGUGCGCCGGGCUGUGCUCAUGUGCGAGGACGCGCUCGUGCCCUUCUACGAGAAGCUUGGCUUCCACGCCGUGGGCCCGUGCGACGUCAUCGUGGGCCCCCUCACCUUCACGGAGCUCCAGUGCUCCCUGCGGGCGCAGGCCUUCCUGCGCAGGAACAGCGGCUGCUGAACUGGCUGCCCACCUGGC